GUUUGACUCGAUUGCUUUAUUUUGAAGUGUCAGUCUGGAUGUGCAGGUUUGUCGUGCAACUUGACACCGGUGCGCUCCUCCUUAUGGCUCCAUGAAGACGGCACCCCGAGACUUACCUGACACCACUGCGUGUCCUGUCGGCCGCAAAAGUGUGGACCAGCAGCCAGAAUGAUCCCAGUGGGAGAAUUCCGAAACAUCGGCAUCGAGCAGAACUCCAAGUACCGUGUGCUCAAGCCGUGGUGGGAUGUUUUCUCCGAGUACCUGUGUGUGGCCAUGCUCAUGAUUGGAGUCUUUGGAUGCACCUUACAGCUCACCCAAGAUAAGAUCGCUUGCCUGCCGAGUCAAUUCACCAGUCCGACGCCAAGCGCCAUCGACUGCAGCUACAUCCGCAACUACGGCGAGAACCAGACGUGGGAAAGCCUCAAUUUAAAACCGAGCCAUCCCGUCAUACGGGAGGUGCUCGGCCGCAAGAAUAACUUGGACAUCCACCAGUAUGUCUUCAUCAACCACUACUGCUACGAGCGCUUUGUGCACUGGUAUGCAAAGUACUUCCCGUAUCUGGUGGUGAUCCACACCAUGAUCUUCAUGGUGACCAGCAGCUUUUGGUUCAAGUUCCCCGGAACAUCCUCCAAACUUGACCUUUUUGUCACCAUCCUGGGAAAAUGCUUUGACUCCCCCUGGACCACCAGAGCCUUGAGUGAGGUUUCUGAGGAAAGAGGUGAAGAAAAAUUGGUCAACUGGAGGAGAAGCACCAUAUCCAAAGAUCCCGCGGAGAAGCGAACCGACGAGGAGGAGACCACCUUGCUUCAGCGAUCCGCUUCGUGUAAAUCCAAUCCAGAUAAGAAGACUCAAGAAUCUCAGUCGGCUCCGUCUGUGUUGGAUAAGAAGGAAGGAGAGCAGGCUAAGGCUCUGUUUGAGAAGGUGAAAAAGUUCCGAACUCACGUCGAAGAGGCGGACAUCUUGUACAUUAUGUACGUGCUGCAAACGUCCCUCAAGGUCUUUAAGUUCCUUUUAAUUAUCAUUUACACUGCGGCACUUUCUCCAAACAUUGAGAUCGUGGUACGCUGCUUGGUUCCUCCCGAGCUGACCGGUUUUGACAUCUAUUGCUGUAACCACAACAAAGCUCAUCUCUUCUCCAAACUGGCCUACUGCUACAUUUGCUUUGUGGCCGUCUACGGGAUUUUGUGCAUCUAUACUUUGUAUUGGCAGUUCCACCGCCCUUUGAAGAUCUACUCCUAUGAGCACGUCAGGCUAGAGACGGGCAUCAACGACAUACCGGACGUGAAGAACGAUUUCGCCUUCUUGCUCCACCUGGUGGACCAAUACGACGACCUCUACGCGAAACGAUUCGCUUUCUUUCUCUCCGAGGUGAGCGAGAGUCGACUCCAUCAGCUCAACUUAAACUACGAAUGGACCGCCAAAAAGCUGCGUGCCCGUCUGGCUAAGAAUGCCAGCGACCGACAAGAGCUCCACCUGGUUCUGUUGCCAGGACUUCCCGACACGGUCUACGAGUUGUCCGAGAUCGAAUCGCUGAAAUUGGAGCAGGUUAAAAACGUCUCCAUCUCGCCUAACGUGGCGAAGCUGGAGAAUCUUCGGGAUCUGUCGCUUAUCUACUGCAAAGCCAAGGUCCAGCUGCCCGCCUUAAACCACCUCAAAGACCAAUUGAAGUUCCUGCGCCUGUGCUUUGAAAGUCUCGACGAGGUGCCCGAAUGGAUGUACCACCUGCAACGACUGGAGGAACUGCAUCUGAACGGCCCGCUUACCAACGAGGUGGCCCGAAGUGCCAACCUGGACUCCCUUCGAGAGCUCACGGCACUGCGGGUCCUCACCCUGCGCUCCAACCUCACCAAGAUCCCGACCAGCAUCUCCGACGUCGCACAGCAGCUACAGCGUUUGAGCAUCUACAACGAAGGCACCAAGAUCCAAGGCUUCAGCAGCCUGAAGAAGCUAAGCAACCUGGUCUCGCUGGAGUUAGUGGGCUGUGAGUUGGAGCGCAUCCCGAGCGCUGUCUUCAGCUUGAGCAAUCUGCAGGAGUUGGACCUGAAGGAAAACAAGCUGACCACCGUGGAAGAGAUCCUGAGCCUGCAACACUGCCAGCGGUUGGUGACCCUGCGCCUGUGGCACAACAAAAUCACCUACAUCCCCGAUCACAUCAGCAAGCUGCAUACGCUGGAGACUCUGGACAUCAGCUGGAAUAAGCUACGAAAGCUUUCCCCGCGAUUGUUCCACUGCACCAAGUUGAGGCACUUGGACGUCUCGCACAACCAGCUCACCGCCAUCCCGCCCAAGGUGGGCAUCCUGCAGGGUCUCCAGUUCUUCUCCGCUGCUUUCAACUCCUUAGAAACCCUCCCGGAUGAACUGUUCUCCUGUAAAAGAAUAAAGACUUUGAAUGUGGGAAACAACUGCUUGUUCUACCUUAGCUCCAGAGUAGCCAACCUGGCCCACCUCAUCCGACUGGAGCUCAAGGGGAACCGCCUGGACGGUUUACCUGUGGAGGUAGCGGACUGUCCCCUGUUGACCACCAGUGGGCUCGUAGUGGAAGAAAAUCUUCUCGAGUUGUGGCCGUCACAAGCGCGCACAAGGUUGAUGAGUAGUAGUUGAGUUGAUUCAAAGGGCCAUCUUAGCUCAUUUGGGAUUUAGUUACACGUAGAAUCUACAAGUGCAUUUUCUGGGGGGCUCAUAGUGUUUCCCACAGUGUCACAUUGCCGCUUUUCAGGUGGCAAACAAGCAGAGUGAGACCGUGAAGGGAGCUUUUCUUUGCACGGAAUAAUACAGUUUGUGUUCUGUUCAACCAAACGGAGGAAGAAGACUGAUUUCAUACGUUCAAAACAAGUCAAUAAGUUUCAGAAAGAUGUGGUUGUACAUUCAUGGCUCUGAUUUUGAAAUAUUUUUACUCAUUACAUAUUACUGAGCAAGGUUUGCAUUUUUUGUACUACCUCUACAGCAUUUUACAUUGAGUGAAAUGUAGAAGAAAAAAUAAACAAAAUUAUUCAGAACACAAAAAAAAUUCCACCACAUUUUGUAAUGUUUACCACAAUUAACAGGAUGUUAUCGUUGUUGUUACUGCUGUUAUCAUUUUUGCACUAGCAUCAAACUAGGACUUUUAUGGUUGUUCACAGUCCAGACUGCGUUAGUCAUGUUGUGACUUGUACGUGGAAAAGCAGGUCAGUUUGUAAACAUACCUCAGAGUCAAGCAAUGUGCCUGACACUGAACCUUAACAUGAAUUUUCUUGUUCUCUGCCGAUUUCUUUUUUUUUUUUUUUUUAGUAUUAGACGAGCAGUGAAAAGAAUAAUGUGCGAUUAUAACCGUCUUGUUUCCUUUGCUUCUUACCCAUGUUUU